AUGAAGAUCCCGGCGCUCAGGGCGCUGCUACACAUGAACCCGCAGACCAGUGGGCUGGUCGUCCUGGAGUACGUCGACAACAGCGAGGAGGAGUACUACAUGUACAUCUCGCCGGACGAGUCUUCCACCUUCUUCUCCAUCGACACGAAUGGCCAGGUGAAGAUGAACAUGUGGUCACACGCCAACCAGUCAUGGUACAGCAUCUACGUCCAGCCCGUGGACCCCUGCAGUCCCUACGCCACCUGCGGACCCUUCACCGUCUGCACGGGGAGCUCACGCCCGCCCUGCGAGUGCAUGGAGAGCUUCUCCCGGACGUCACCCCAGGACUGGGACCUCGGUGAUCGGACAGGAGGGUGCUCCAGAAACACUCCCUUGGACUGCAGUGGUGCCAACACCGGCAGGCGGCAGCAGCAGUUCGACGGACGUGUUCCACCCCAUAGCUCGUGUCACGUUGCCCUAUGGUCCCCAAAGCAGCCUGCAUACUAUGACCAGGAGCGAAUGCCAGCGAGCACCAAAUGCUCUGUCUGGCACGUCAAGUUGUUCAGUGUGAACCAGGAUGAUGGCAUCGAGAUCAGCUCUAAAGAUUCAGUCUACAUCCGCCUCACCGCCGGAGAUUUUUCAAGCUUGACCCGAGCCGGUAUGACAAGAAAACCACUACCUAUUGGAGCCAUUACUGCUGCAAGCGCAACCGGUCGUGCUACAAGGAAUUUCUCAGAGAAGCUGGGAGCAGGAGGCUUUGGUUCCGUAUACAAGGGAGUAAUAAGUGGCCUCUCUACCGUAGCGGUGAAAAGGCUUGACGGUGUCCGCCGGGGAGAGAAGCAAUUCAGGGCAGAGAGUUGUCGGGAAUGCAUCAUACACUGUGACAUCAAGCCAGAAAACAUGCUUCUCGAUGAAUCCUUUGUACCUAAAAUUGUAGACUUUGGGUUGGCGUCGGUCAUAGGCAGGGAUUUUAGCCGGGUUCUAACUACAUUUAAAGGAACUAUGGGGUAUCUUGCCCCAGAGUGGCUCAACGGGGUUCCUAUCAUGUCAAAAGUUGAUGUUUAUAGCUUUGGCAUGGUAUUGAUGGAAAUCGUAUCAGGAAGAAGGAAUGCAUCUAUGGUAUCAAACACUACCAGCAUGGACCAUGUUUCUUAUUUCCCUGUGCAUGCCAUGAGCCAGCUUCAUGAGGGAGAUGUGCAGAGCUUGGUGGAUCCAAAUUUACAUGGAGACUUUAGCUUGGAGGAGGCUGAGAGGGUUUGCAAAGUAGCAUGCUGGUCUAUCCAGGACAAUGAGUCUGACCGGCCAACAAUGGGUGAAGUAGUUCGAGUUUUUUAG